AUGACGGGGAAGAUCUUCACAAACACCAGGGAGCGGUGGAGGCAGCAGAAUGUGAACAGCGCCUUCGCCAGGCUGAGGAAGCUCAUCCCCACUCACCCUCCAGACAAGAAGCUGAGCAAGAAUGAAACGCUUCGCCUGGCAAUGAGGUAUAUCAACUUCUUGGUCAAGGUCUUGGGGGAGCAAAGCCUGCAGCAAACGGGAGUGGCAGCCCCAGGAAACAUUCUGGGACUCUUCCCCCCAGGACCCCACCUGCUCAGUGACUACCAGGUUCCUUCACCUGGCCCAAGCCACCACGUCCCUUAG